AUGGGCGGCCAGUUUUCCAAGAUGAUGGGCAAGAUCUUCGGAUCCAAGGAGAUGCGCCUGCUGAUGCUGGGCCUCGACGCGGCCGGCAAGACGACGAUCCUGUACAAGCUGAAGCUGGGCCAGGACGUCACGACCAUUCCCACCGUCGGCUUCAACGUCGAGACUGUGACGUAUAAGAACGUCAAGUUCAACGUCUGGGACGUCGGUGGCCAGGACAAGAUUCGGCCUCUCUGGAGACAUUACUUUAGCGGAACCCAAGGUCUCAUCUUCGUCGUCGACUCGUCCGACCGGGCACGCAUGGACGAGGCCAAGCAGGAGCUGCACCGCAUCAUCAACGACCGCGAGAUGAAGGACAGCCUGCUGCUCGUAUUUGCCAACAAGCAGGACCUCGACAACAGCAUGAAGCCCCAGGAGGUCACCGAGGUGCUGCAGCUGUCCAAGCUCAAGGACAAGAUCUGGUACGUCGUGCCAAGUUGCGCCACCACGGGCGAGGGCCUGCUCGAGGGCCUGGCCUGGCUGUCCAACAACGUCAAGGCGCCGCCGGCGCCGGCCAAGAAGUGA